ACCAAAGGCUGUAUAUGUAUAUAUACAUAUACAUAUAAAUGAGUAACUAUAUAUUACAAGUCAGGAAAAAUGUGUCAUUUUGUAAUCAUCACCAAGACACAGGGUGUGAAAUCUUUCUGCUGUACUUUCUUGGACAUGGCUGGUCUUCUUGGAUUAGUGAUCCUGUUGGCUUUUGUCGUCUUGGGAAAAUCCAUCUCCACGACUACAUCCUCGCAUGCAUCCACUCUCGCAUCCUUACCUGGUGAUGCCAGCAGUGUCCCUUCUCAAGCCAUCUCCACGACUACAUCCUCGCAUGCAUCCACUCUCGCAUCCUUACCUGGUGAUGCCAGCAGUGUCCCUUCUCAAGCCAUCUCCACGACUACAUCCUCGCAUGCAUCCACUCUCGCAUCCUUACCUGGUGAUGCCAGCAGUGUCCCUUCUCAAGCCAUCUCCACGACUACAUCCUCGCAUGCAUCCACUCUCGCAUCCUUACCUGGUGAUGUCAGCAGUGUCCCUUUUCAAGGCUCUACACACCGUCCCUGUGGAAACUUCUCAGUUAGUGAGACGCAAUAUGGCAUCACAGUUACGGUAGACAAUGAUCAGUCAAGUACUGUAACAUUUGAAGACGAGGAUGGUGACAAGUACAGCGAAGAAUUCCGAAACAAGAAGGAGAUUUCACUGAAGCCCUGUACAAAGUACAGUAACAUAAGCGUAACUCAAGGAUCCUGCACCUUAAAAUCAAAUUCAUCAUUAUCCAUCAAAACCAAAGACAUCGCUGCAGAUGACAUCAACUUCAGUUUGACAAAUGAUUUGUUGUGUUACUCAACGGAAUGGAAUAUGAAUAAUGUAACCCUUGCAAUUCCUGGUGAUAAAAACAAAAUCCAAAUUAAUGAUACUUGUCUUAAAAUGAAGAAGGAAGAUUCUUGCCAAAAUUAUAACUUCACUGUCAAAGCAAAACGAUGUAACAUCAUCAAAGAAUAUCAUGUAGAACCAGUUAUAGAAACCAACUCACUUAUAGUAGACUAUACUAGUAUCUGGCCACCAAAAAUAGAAUGGGCAAAUCGACCGCAGAACUGCAGGAACGUCAUGCUUGAUUACAGCUGCAGAGAUACAAGCAAAGAGGGUUCCACGUUCAGCCUUGACCAACUGCUACCACAGCGCAAUUACAACUGCACUGCGAACAUAAGUUACAGACAUGACUCCUUCAUUGUUAGUGAUAUAGCAGUUAACAUCAACUGUGAUAUAAACAUUUCCCUGGAGAAUAAGACAGGAAUAACUUCUGUUCAGCUCAUGUGGAACAGUACAAGCAGUCAGUGUCCUCUGCUCCUGCAUAAUCUCAAUUUUGAAAGUUGCAUAAAAGAGGUUAAUCCAGCACAAGAAAAAUGCCAGAAAAGCAUUACAAAACACAAUUUCACAGGGCUACUACCAUUCACAGAAAACACAUUCUUUGUAAAGGCCUGGUAUGGAGAAAACGAAUUUGGAGAAAGUGAAAAGAAAAUUUACAAGACACUUCCUGGCAAACCACGUGUUACUAUUACAAUUGACCAUAAAGAAAUAAGUCAUAAUUCAUUUAAUGUUGGGUGUAAGUUUGAGGGUCAGAUUAAUGGUCCUAACACAAUAUAUGAAGCAACAAUACAAAGGACUGGUUAUGAUGCAGAAGAACCCAAAAAAUCAAAACACUGCAAGUUUUCUUAUGAAGAUCUUUAUUAUUUAUCAUCGUACGUUGUGAAGGUUAGAAUGUGGAAUGGCCAUUUUUACAGUGAUGAUGCAUCCGAGCAAUUUGACACCAAGUAUAACAAUAAAGCCUUAAUUGGAUUCCUGGCGUUCUUUAUUGUUUUCGGGUUUCUGGCCUUCAUGUUCGUUUGGUAUAAGAUUCAUGUUCUUCAGAAGAGGAACUCGUGCAGUUCCAAUGACGAGCUGGAACUUAUGACCAAGGACGAAGGUCAGAGCCUGCUGGAUGUCAAGCCCAUUACAGCUGAGCUCCUUCUAGAUGCCUACAAGAAGAAGAUAGCUAACAAAGGCUGCCUUUUCCAGGCUGAAUUUCAGAGCAUUCCAAAGGUUUUCAGUAAGUUCCCCAUCAAAGAAGCCAUGGAGCCCAGCAAUCAGAACAAAAACCGAUAUGGCGAUAUCCUACCAUAUGAUCAUAAUCGUGUCCAGCUGUCCUCAAGUGCUGAUGGGUCAGAUUACAUCAAUGCCAGCUUCAUAGAUGGGUACAAUGAACCAAAGAAGUACAUUGCCACACAAGAGCCUAAGAAUGAGACUAUGGUUGAUUUCUGGAGAAUGGUGUGGGAGCAGCAGUCAUCUAUAAUCGUCAUGGUGACCCGCUGUGAAGAGGGAAACAGGGACAAAUGUGCACAGUAUUGGCCAUCUCUGGACCGAGAGGCAGAGAUUUUUGAAGAAUUCAUCGUGAAAAUCAAGGGAGAAGAUCACUUUCCAGAUAACAUCAUUCGACACUUUAGUGUCACCAAUAAGAGGGAAAAAUCCUCAGAGAGGGAAGUGACCCACAUCCAGUUCACCAGCUGGCCGGAUCAGGGGGUUCCUGGGGAAGCUCACCUUCUCCUCAAGCUGCAUCGACGUGUCAGAUCUUUCCAAAAUCUCUCCAAUGGACCCAUCAUUGUCCAUUGCAGUGCUGGAGUGGGACCCACAGGGACCUAUAUCGGCAUAGAUGCCAUGAUGGAGCAACUGGAAACAGAAGGAAGAAUGGACAUUUAUGGAUAUGUGGCCCGGCUCCAACGUCAGCGGUGUCUCAUGGUUGAAGAUGAGGCCCAGUACAUCUUGAUCCACCAGACUCUCCUUGAACAAACUCAGUUUGGUGACACUGAGAUCCCUCUCUCUGAAAUGCACUGUACACUGAAGACCUUGAAGCAAAGGGAUUCGGAUUCUGAACCCACUCUUUUGGAAACCGAAUUCCAGAGGCUGCCAAACUACAUUAAGUUGAGGACACAAAACACAGGGAAAAGCGAGGAGAACAAGAAGAAAAACCGCUAUUCUGCUGUCGUUCCAUAUGAUUACAACCGAGUCACUAUAAAAUGUGAGGAAGAGAACAGCCAUGAAAGUGAACAAAAUGAAGAUGAUAUCUAUCAAACUGUUGAAGAUAAUGAAGAAUACGUUGACGUGUUCUACACAGAAAACACAUACUGCAAUGCCUCCAACACAGAUGGAAAUGUAUUUAACAAAAAUAACCAGCCUCAGGAAAAUACCACUCUACCUAGCUACAAACACUGGAGGUCACAAAACACCGGAAAAAGCAAGAAGAAUAAAAAUCAUCCUUCUGCUGUCGUUCCAUACUACGACCAAGUGCUCAUAUAUUCCAAUGAAGAGAGCAGCCGCGAAUGGGAACAGGAUGAGGACAAUGUCUACGAAACUGUUGAAGAUAACGAAGAAUACACUGAUGUCUUCUACACAGAUUACAGAUACAUCAAUGCUUCCUACGUAGACGGAUAUUGGGGCCCAAGGUGUAUUAUUGCUACUCAGGGUCCUCUUCCAGACACCAGGGCAGACUUCUGGCUCAUGAUAUUCCAGAAGAAAGUCAAAACAGUUUUCAUGCUUACAGAGUGCAUGGAGGGGGGCAAGGAAGUCUGCUCACCAUACUGGAGUAAUGAGAGGAAGGACUUUGGGGAUAUAGAGGUAGAAAUGAGGGACUGCACCACUUUCCCGGCAUACAAAAUGAGGUGCAUUGAACUGCGUCACUCCAAGACGAAGGAGAAUCGCAAGGUGUACCAGUACCAGUUCCAGCCCUGGACAGAGAAGAACAUGCCUGAGAGACCGCAGGACCUGAUAGACCUGAUGAGGACAGUUAAGCAGAAGAUCAAGUGCGACAGCGUCAGACCGGACAGGAAUGUGCCUAUCGUGGUCCACUGCGACGAUGGAUCAACACGGACUGGGCUUUUCUGCGCCCUCUGGAACAUCCUAGACAGCGCUGGAACCGAGAAGCUGGUUGACAUAUUCCAGGUGGUGAAAACACUGCGGAAGGAGAGGCAGGGAGUGAUAAUGAGCUUGGACCAGUACCAGUUCCUCUAUGACACAAUAGAGAGCACCCUCCCUGCCCAGGACAGAUAAAUGAAGUACAGCCAAGCCACGGGAGCGGACUCUGUGGACCUGGCAUGUUGGGACAGGAUAACAGCAGUGUUACCAAAGGUGGCCAACAGGGGGACACAUAACAGCGGAUGAAGCGAGUAGCAAGGUGGAGACCAAGAAACCUAUCAAAGAUGGGGCUAAGGUGCUAGCAUACAAAGAUUAAAAUGGAUUAUAUUUUGUUUUCAUAUCAGUACAAAUGCACAUAAAAUAAGUAUGCAUUUACACUGUUACCACAAUCGAUUGUCGCACGUGUUGCUUUUAUGGUAAAUGCGUACUUGCGUGCCAAGGAUUCUUUGUACUGCAUUAUAAAGGUAUCUAUAGUGCAUUAUAGAUGAGAGCUUCAUAAGGCAGUCAUAAUGCAUGAUAGACAUGGCUGUAAUGUGUUAUGUUUUUUUAUAAAUAUUUAUAGCCAUGUUUAUAAUAUGAACGCAUUACAUUCAUUAUUUUACGAAUGCAUUACAAUGCAUUAUGAAUGUGUUUAUACUUAACUAAAAACAUGGCCUUAAGUAAAGUGUUACCAACCUAUAUAUUUUCUAUAUAACCUAACUUUUAUUUUAGCUUGUAGUACAUUAUACAUAUAUGCUUCAGUAGCAAUUCCCUCUUUCAUUGUGAAUCUUUUUGAUCUGCAUGUGUUUCCUACUGCAUUUAAAAACCAUUUUAAAACAUGAAUGAAAUGUAAAUUAUACCUCAUUUCUCGCAUAUUCAUAACAAUUGACUGUUUUACGUAAACAUUUGUAUUCUACAACAUACAGCAACAAAGUCAAACACAAAUGCUAAACAUUGUAUUAAUACGCUGUUUCUGUCUGAAUAACUUUUGAAAGUUGACUUUAUUAACGAAAUAGAAUUGGAACUAUUAAUUUUCUGCAUGAAUAAACAUACCUCUUUUUCCACA